UGCGUUUCACGUGCGAAGAACAUUCGUCUACCUUGGUUGACAAGUAAGCUCUGGUUUUCAAAACCCUAAUCCAUCACAAUCGAUCUCACACCAAUGGCGUUGCAAUGGAUGAUUCUGACGUACGUCGUUGCGGCCGAAGCUGCCAUAGCCUUCUUGCUCACUCUGCCGUCCCCAAAAGCGUUGAAAUCUACUCUCGUUUCUCUAAUUUCACUCAUCUUGCAGCCAUCGAUGUUCAUCGUCCCCUUUGCUGGCUUUCAGCUUCUAGAUAUCUACUGGAAGAAUGAGCAUAGGUUGAUGUGCUCUGGUGAGACGUGUACUGCUGCUGAACGAGAUCGAUACGAGAAAUCGAUAUUCAAGGCUCAGAGGAAUGUGAUUCUGUGUUUUUCAGCAUGUCUUCUCUACUGGUGUAUCUAUCGUGUUUGCAAGUACCACAAGGAGAUUCAGAGUAUGGAGGAAGUCGAAAAGAGGUACAAGGAAGAGUAGAUAUAAUUUUCUUUUGUAUUGUCGCUACUAUGUUCGUAUGUCAUUUCUAGCCCCAGAGACGGUUUAUUGUACCUAAAAUCCUGAAUAUCUACGUGAUCCUGUAAUAAAAAAGAGGUUAUUAAUAUCUACCCUUAUUCUAGUUUA